CACUCCCGCUGCUCCCAGGUGCACGUCUACGACCCCUACGAUGACGAUUACUACCAGACGGUGCCCCUCGACUCCCACCAGACCGCCUACAUCAGCUCCGGCCACUAUGGCCACCAGUACGGAGCUCCCGGGGUGACCCACGUCAUCGUGCGCGAGGAUCCCUACCGCGUCUCGGGGGACCAGAUGGCCUUGGGGCUGCUGGCGGGGGCCGCCACCGGUGCUGCCCUGGGCUCCUUCAUGUGGAUGCCGUGCUGGUUUUAACAGCUCCCCCCCCUUCCUGCAGGAGGUGACCCCCCAAAACCAGGUCACAGCCCCCCAACGUGACCCUCUUGGCCUUCCCAGCUUGGUUUAACUCACUCCUGGCUUGGUACCCACCCUUGCCCCCCCCAAAACCAGCCUCAGCCCCCUGGGGACAGAUCCAGCCCCAACCCCACCCCGUAUCCUCCUCCCAGCCUGGCUUUGGCAUUAAAUACCCCCCCACGUGCUUCAGGGACCCCCAAAACCCCACCGUGCCCCAUUCCUACCCGCAAAGGGCCUGGAGAGCCACCAGGGACGGUGGCAGAGGGGAGGGUGCAGUGCCCCAGCCCCAAAACCUGGCUCAGUUCCCCACCCCAAAUCUCUGCCGGGAGCUGUUUGCAGAAAUACUUGGUUUUUUGUAACGAGGGGGAAUUAUUUUGGGGGGGAGGUGGCUGAAUUUUUUUGCAAACCUGGCUGGAAAAAAAAAAAAAAAGCAGCACAGCUGCUUUUGGGGGGCAGGCUCCAGCCCUGGAGUGGGUGCUGACGUAAGAGGGUUGCUCAAGAGACAGGUUAGACUCAAGAUUAAGGGGGAUAAAAAACCCCUUUGCAGGAUUUCUACCCCCUUCCAGCCUUGCACCAGUCCCCUGGGCCUGGCGCAGCUGGAGAACUAGUGGGAAACCCCCUGGGAAUUGGGGCUAAAUCCCAGGGAAUUGGGUUGGGAAGGGCCCUGGGAAUAUCCCAGCUUCCCCAGCCAAGCGAGAGUCACCGCGGGAGGCCCACGCAGCAUCUGGAGUUUCACCCCAAUUAUUUUUUGGGAGAAGGCAAGGGGUGAAAUCAUUUUGGGGAUCAGGGGCCCAUCCUUGGCAGCCAAGCCGGGAUCCUGGAAGCAGGAAUUCGGGAUUGAGAGGGGGGGAAAAAACGGUCCCUUUGGGUGCCCCCGAGGCCAGGGGAGAAGCAGCAGCUCGUGUUUUGGUGCAGGCGGAGAGGGAAAUAGCCACACGUCGCCCUCCGAGGCACGAUUUUAUCCCACCACUGAUAUUAAUCAAAUUUAAGAAUUACAACCAAAACUCCGAGUUAGACGGAAAGUGACCCCAGUGCCCCGCUCUUGGUGUGAAAACCCCGGAUUCAGUUUGUCCCCGUGCCCGAUGGGGGAUCGGGAUGUCCUGAAACACCGUCCUCAUCCUCCCCUGCCUCGCUGCUGCUGCACACCCGCUCCCAUCAACUGCAUCGAUUUUUGGAGGAAAAAAAAA